CUUUCAUCACAUUGAGGAAUGAUUGUUUAUUUUCUGCAGGAAAGCACGUAAUCUAGAACGGAUUGUGAAACCAGCUAAACAAAUGACUUCUUCGAUUAUUCUGGCCGGUUUGGGCCUCGCUGUGGUUGGAUACGGCGGAAGAGCACUCAUGCGCCAAAUGCCGAAUGCUGCGACGAAAAUGCAAGAAGCACUGAAAAACCUUCCGAAAUUCGAUGCAGAAAUGAUGGCCAAUUCGAAAUAUUAUCGGGGAGGAUUCGAACAGAAAAUGAACAAACGCGAAGCUUCCCUAAUUCUCGGCGUAAGCCCAUCAGCAUCGAAGGGAAAGGUGAAGGAUGCUCAUAAGAAAAUUAUGUUGCUUAAUCAUCCUGAUCGCGGUGGUUCACCGUAUUUGGCUGCAAAGAUUAAUGAGGCAAAGGAUUUCCUCGAUAAUGCAAAGUAAAACAUCGCUUUGAGCUGUGGUUGAAAGUGUACAAAGAAACGAUAGGCUUUACGAUAAAAUAACAAGGGUAGUAAUA